AACGGGAGAGAGAGAGGGAGGCAGUGAGGGAGGGAAGAGGAGGGUAGAGGCUGCAAAAAUCCCGAUUCUUUGAAAAACACCUAAUCCUGACAGACACACACUGGAUGUGGAGAGCAUUCCCUCUGCAGAGGCUCCUGUGAUCACCCCCACUGCCCCCCAAAAUAUCCACCUAGCACAACCUGGCCAUCAGAACAACCAACUCACCAUCCUCUUGGCUGACUGCUUAUUACUAUUAUUUUUGCUUAUAUAUAUUAUUAUUAUUUUUUUUUUGCUUUUGUUUUUUUUUUUAAAUCCACAGCAGCACCCUCCUGGAAAAGCUGCAAUAUUAUCUUUGGCGUCAGAUCUAGCAGCCUGCAGAAGGAGGAGAAGAAGAAGAAGAAGAAGAAGAAGAAGAAGAGGAAGAGCAUUUACAGAGAAGGGGGAAAAAAUAACAAAAACAAACAAACAGAAAAAACUUCAAAGUCCUAAGUUCACCAGUCUGUUCCUGCAAGUUGCCGGGGAAGGCGAUCCUCUGCUGCUGCACACAGGAUGUGAGGAAGAGGCAUCUGCCAAGGCAUUUGGAAAUAUCCCAGGUCCUGAAGGAUGGGGGCGGUAGGAGAUUUUUUGAUCUUGUAAGAUCAUCCUCUUCUUCUUUUUUUUCCCUCUCUCUCUCUCUCUCUCUCUCUGACUGUAAAGUGAAAGUAAAGGACACAAUGUUACUGCUGCCUGCUGGCUGGUGAGACUUCUGCUGGAGCUGCCAUGAAACAUCUCUCUAGCCACACAAAGCAGAAGGGGGGAGAAGAGAGUGCAGUUUGGCAGCCGAGAAGGUGCUGGGCCAUGGCUUGCAAUGCAACGCUCAGAAAGCUCUGAAGCCACUGGGAGGAAAGAGUCCAUCCCUCCCCUCUUGAUGGGAAACCAGGAUUUCAGCCAGGAAUGCGUAAUCGACCUCAAUGCGCAUCGAUCUCCAGUGGCUCUGCCUGGGGUUCCCUACUUGUGAACUUCAAGUAAUCCAGCUCUUCCCUGAGAUCUCCAGCAGCAACAUCUGGGCGUCAUCUGAUCCUGGACAUCAAAGUGAUCAGCUCUGAGAGAGAGACACACACAGGGCGUUGCAGGAUCUGCUGGCUCCAGAUGUUGGAGAGUCUGCUGCCUGUGAUUCUGGACACACAGUGAUAAGAAAUACACAACAUUUCAAAUAAAAAGAAAAGAAAAAAAACAUCCUCAGAAAAAAAAAAAAGGAAAUCCUCCUAGUUUUGUUGCAAGCUGAUGCACCUUGAUGCACCCCCAGGAGAACCUGCAAGGGCCACCCUUACACCUCAGACUCCCCUGGAGCAUUGCACCUGGAGGCAGGAGGCACUGUGUGCGUGCGUGGAACAUACGACUGGCCGCUGUCCCCCAAGAACAAUAGCAUAUUCAUUGCGGCUGGAGCCGGGGCUGUCGGUGCAUGAGACCUGCAAGAAGUGCAUCAGCCCAGAGGACCUGUGGGGCCAGCAGAAGUCUCCCCUCCCCAGACUGAGCCGAGGCACCGAGAGAGGCAGCAUGCCGAGGAGGAAGCAGCAAGCGCCGAGGAGGGCUGCAGCCUACGUCCCGGACGAGCUGAAGGCGGCCGCGCUUGCCGACGAUGACGGCGAAACUGAGGACGCCAUUAUUGAAGGAGAGCCGUCUGCGAAGUACGCUUGCCCCGAGAAAGACUUUGCAAAGAAUUCCCCCAGCUACCAACACUCCCCGGCUGGCGAAUUCUCCAGCCAUGAGAUGGACAGUGAUUCUCACGUCAGCGAGACCAGCGAUCGCUUGACCGACUUCGAAAGUAGCUCCAUCAAAAAUGAGGAGGAAAGUAAAGAGAUGAUGGUUCCUCUGGAGGAUUCCAACGUCUCGGACAGCUUGGAGCAGAUGAAAGCUGUGUACAAUAAUUUCCUCUCCAAUUCUUACUGGUCAAACCUCAGCUUAAAUCUUCACCAGGCCACUUCUGAGAAGAACAAUGCCAGUAGCAGCAGCAGCAGUAGUAGUAGCAGUAGUUGUGGAAGUGGGAGCUUUGACUGGCACCAGACAGCCAUGGCCAAAAGCCUACAACAAGUAUCUCAGAACAGAGUCCUCCCCGAGCCAAGCCUCUUCAGCACUGUCCAGUUGUAUCGACAGAGCAGCAAACUUUACGGUUCCAUCUUCACAGGUGCCAGUAAGUUCCGCUGUAAAGACUGUAGCGCUGCGUACGAUACGCUAGUGGAAUUAACGGUUCACAUGAAUGAAAUGGGACAUUAUAGAGACGACAACCACGAAGCAGAUAACAAUAACCCGAAACGUUGGUCAAAACCACGUAAACGUUCAUUACUUGAAAUGGAAGGAAAGGAGGAUGCCCAGAAAGUGUUGAAGUGCAUGUACUGUGGCCAUUCUUUUGAAUCUCUUCAGGACUUAAGUGUUCACAUGAUUAAAACAAAACACUACCAAAAAGUGCCUCUUAAAGAACCCGUUACCCCUGUAGCAGCUAAAAUUGUCCCAGCUUCUAGGAAAAAACUGUCUCUAGAAUUUGAACUUCCAAGUUCUCCCGAUUCGACAGGGGGGACUCCAAAAGCAACAAUUUCAGAUGCAAGUGAAGCUUUGCAAAAGAAUUCCAACCCAUAUAUCACACCAAAUAACCGGUAUGGGCACCAAAAUGGGGCCAGCUACGCAUGGCAUUUUGAAGCUAGGAAAUCGCAGAUACUUAAGUGCAUGGAAUGUGGCAGUUCACAUGACACGUUGCAGGAACUCACCGCCCAUAUGAUGGUCACAGGUCAUUUUAUAAAAGUGACAAAUUCAGCCCUUAAGAAAGGAAAACCUGUCCUAGAACCGCCAGUUACGCCAACCUCUUUGUUGGAUGAGAAGGUACAGUCUGUGCCGCUAGCUGCCACCACGUUUACACCCCCUGCCAACAACAUCUCGUCUCUGUCACCAAAACUGAAUGUCGAAAUAAAAAAAGAAGUGGAUAAAGACAAAGUAAUCCCAGAUGAUAAAAUCAAAGACAAAGAGAAGUCAAGUGAAGAUGAGGAGAAGUUCGAUGUCUCAUCCAAAUACCAUUACUUGACUGAGAAUGAUUUGGAAGAAAGCCCCAAAGGUGGGUUAGAUAUUCUCAAGUCUUUGGAAAAUACAGUAACUUCUGCCAUAAACAAGGCUCAGAAUGGCACGCCAAGCUGGGGAGGGUACCCAAGCAUUCACGCUGCCUACCAGCUCCCCAACAUGAUGAAGUUAUCAUUAGGUUCCUCAGGGAAAAGCACGCCAUUAAAACCAAUGUACGGAAAUAGUGACAUGAUGUCACCUACCAAAAAUCAGCCCCUGCUGUCACCACCAAGCAGCCAGACCUCUCCUGUGCCAAAAACUAACUUCCAUGCAAUGGAAGAAUUAGUGAAGAAAGUGACAGAGAAGGUAGUGAAAGUGGAAGAUAAAAUGAAGGAGCCAGAAGGAAAGUUCUCACCGAUCAAACGCGCAACACCGUCUCCGAGUGGCAGCGAGAUCAGUGAGCCCCCGAAAACCGAUGUCCUGAAUGAAGUUGUGUGUAAAAGCCAGCAAAACAGUCCAAUUCCACAUAAAGACAAUUGCAAAGAAAGCUCACUUCGGGAGCCUGUAGAGAACGGAAAGGACCACGUAAAGUCCAUUAUAGGUAGCUUAAGUAGCAGCACUGCUAUAAUAACGGACCACCCUCCCGAACAACCGUUUGUUAAUCCGCUAAGUGCAUUGCAGUCUGUUAUGAACAUUCACCUGGGCAAGGCAGCUAAGCCGUCGCUACCUGCUUUGGAUCCCAUGAGCAUGUUAUUUAAAAUGAGCAACAGCCUGGCUGAGAAGGCCGCCGUGGCGACGCCACCCAUUCAAGCCAGAAAAACAGACCACUUAACAGACCGUUAUUUUUACCAUGUGAACAAUGACCAGCCCAUAGAUUUGACGAAAGGGAAGAGUGACAAAAACUGCUCUUUGGCUUCAGCGCUUUUGUCAUCCACAUCGACGUCUUCUGCAUCUUCUUCAUCUACAGUGACAACAGCAAAGACAUCUGCAGUUGUGUCAUUCAUGUCAAACUCGCCGCUGCGGGAGAAUGCCUUGUCAGAUAUAUCUGAUAUGCUGAAGAACCUGACAGAAAGCCACACAUCAAAAUCCUCUACACCUACCAGUAUAUCUGAAAAAUCUGACAUUGACGGUACCACAAUAGAAGAACCAGAGGAAAACACACCAGCUCAGAAAAGGAAAGGACGGCAAUCCAACUGGAACCCCCAACAUUUGCUCAUCCUGCAGGCCCAGUUUGCAGCGAGCUUGCGGCAGACCUCAGAGGGGAAAUAUGUCAUGUCAGAUUUGAGCCCGCAAGAGAGAAUGCACAUUUCCAGGUUUACAGGACUCUCCAUGACCACAAUUAGCCACUGGCUAGCUAAUGUGAAAUACCAGCUACGAAGGACAGGUGGGACAAAGUUCCUCAAGAACUUAGACACUGGGCACCCAGUGUUCUUUUGUAAUGACUGUGCCUCGCAAAUCAGGACUCCCUCAACUUACAUCUGUCAUCUUGAAUCACACCUAGGUUUUAGGAUAAGGGACUUGUCUAAACUUUCUAGCGAACAGAUACACAAUCAAUUAGCACAAACAAAAUCCCCUUCUGAAAAGCUGGUGGCGUCCUCUCCAGAAGAUGAGACCGGGACCUCCUACCAGUGCAAGCUCUGUAACCGGACAUUUGCGAGCAAACACGCUGUGAAGCUUCACUUGAGUAAAACACACGGGAAGUCCCCAGAAGAUCACCUGCUGUACGUGGCAGAGCUAGAGAAGCAGUAGUAUUUACUUUUAUUAAAAGACUGUAAUUUGCUUUGAGGAAAACUGUCAGGAAAAAGCCUUAAAGCUACAAUACUUGGCACACGUUCCUAUUUUACCUCCGGAGAGUCACUCUGGGGGUGCGAACUCUUUUGUAAUACUGUACAGUGUUUAAUAGAGGUGCAUAAUCAGCUGUUGUUACAGGUAACACAUGAAGGUUAAAAUGCCGUAGUGUUUGGAAUUUGUGUAAAAUCGGAUUAGCUGUGCGCCGGGCUGCAUGAAUUAACAGACAGUUUAAUUAAGCAUUUAUAUCUAAAUCUGGUACACUAUUUUUCAUUUGACCUGUGUGCUAGUAUUUUUCAGCAUAUGUCCUUUAGCCCUCUGAGUACUUUGGAUCAUUACUUUAUGUUAAUCUGGGGAUUUUUUUUUUAUUUAUUUAUUUUUUAAAUAAAAAGUACCGACUGAGAUCCACUUCAUGACAUGAUUCUACAGCUGCAGUUUUUCCCCCCUACUUAAAUGACUAUCGAAUGGGACUUUCAGUACAUCGCAGAGCAAUGGCAGAGAAGGUGUUAAAAUAAACUGUAUAUAGUGUAUAGACUUGCAUUUUGGAGAUUGUGGUUGAUGUUAAUGGAAACUGCCCCCACCCCCACCCCCACCCCCCCCAAUAACCUCCUCUGCAUUUUUAACUAGAGUUUUUCGGUAUCUGAUGCAGUACACUCCUUUUACAUAAGCUGUGCCUAUGUAUAGUGUAAAAAUAUUGUUUUAUGUAUUUUUUUAUUAUUUUUUUUGUUAACCUUAUAUAUGCCAGCAACAAAUUGGUGUUUCUGAAUUCCUCUGGCAGAGAAAAAGUUAAGAGAUUUUUUUUUAUUUUAUUUUUUUUUAAACACCCAAGCAUUGUAAAUUAUUCUAAGGAUACAACAAAUAGUCUUUAUAAAGUAUUCAAAAACUAUUAUUCUAAAACAAAAAUAUAAUUGUUUUACUAUACAUCUAUAUUGUUAAAAGUUCAUGUUUAAAUUAUACAUAUUUAUUAGCUACGUAAUAUAAUUUGUUUCCAACAAUAUUUGACAUCACACAACACAGGGAAAAAAAAUGACAGAUUUUUUUAUUUUUUUUUGCACAAUUUUUUUUUUUUUGUAAAGAAAGAAAAUGUAUUUAUUAAUGUGAAACAAAGACACUCAAAACCAUUCUCAGUGCUCAAAGGGUUAAAAUAUUUGGAUAAUUAAAGUGUACUCUUAUUUCCUGAGAAUUGCUUAUGCUUUAAAAUGGAAAAAAAUAAAAAUAAAAAACUGUUUGUACUAGAAAA